AUGGGCGAGUACUUCAACCUCAACGACUGCCUCAACAACAAUGACCCCUCCUGCGCCACGGUCAUCCACAGCCUCAACCCGAGCCUCAGCUGCCAGGGCGGGGCGCAGGUGCUGCCCAACCAGGCGGUGUGUGUGGAGCGGCGAGCAGGGGCAGCAGGGAAGGGGCAGGUGAUCCCGGUGUGCUCGCAGUACUAUCUGGUGCAGACCGCCGAGACGUGCGAUGCCAUCCGCAACGUGCCCUCCCCGCCGCUCUCCCCGCUCGAGUUUUUCCGCCUCAACCCCAGCAUCAAGUGCAACCGCCUCGUGCCGGACGCUGCUGGCAUGGACAUGCGCACGGGCUUUGAGACUCAUUCCCGUUUCCUGUGCCUGCCUGCAUCCCAUGCCAUCACAGGCGUGCAUACAGGUGUCGGAUGA